UUAAACAGCUGAAACACCCGUUACUGCCUGCAAUUUGAGUCGUCACUGAUUUCGAUUUCCUUUCGUAUCAUUGCACAUAUAUAUUAUGUUUCGAAUUAUUGAAUCGAGCGAGACACGUGUCGAUGAUGUGAGAAAUUCGGGGCUGAGUUUUGUUUAGACGGAAAUAAUGGAGGAAUGAGGUUAAUUGUGGACGGAUGAGAGGAAUUAAAUAUUCAAGAAUUCAACGGGCUAUCGGACAAAGGAUAACGAUUGGUAAUUGAUGUGUUAGGGGUGUAAACAUGUCUUGGCUCUUUUGUUUUCCGUGGCCAGAGGGAAUCAAGAAGAGGGCAUGCAGGUAUCUGUUGCAGAGGUAUCUUGGACAAUUUUUGGAGGAAAAGCUGACGCUUGAUCAGUUGACUGUUGAUUUGUAUAAUGGCACGGGGAGAGUUACCAAUGUCAGCCUUGAUGUUCAGGCACUCAACGAAAUGGGCGAGCAGCACCACUUGCCCCUGGAGUUCGUCGACGGUUUCAUAUCGGAGAUGUCCCUCAGCAUACCCUGGUCAGCGCUGCUCAGCGAGGCCAGCUACGUCGAGGUCAAGGGUCUCAAGCUCACUGUUCAGCCUCGCCAGAGGACAGAGACUGGCACCUCCAUGUUCGAGUCGAUGUGGAGUUCCAUGACAUCCAGCAUGCAGCUGGCGCAGGAGUGCCUACAGCAGGAUGCCAGCAAUGCGGGAAAUGCACAGCCACUUGAAGGAGUGGAGUUGUUCGCGCAGACUAUAGACUCAAUACUCUCCCGAGUAAAAGUGAGAUUUCUGGAUACUGUGAUACGCCUGGAGCACGUGCCCCUGGACUCCACAACGGGAGUAGCCAUAGAAAUGUGUAUAAGAAACCUAGAAUAUUCCGACGAGGCAGGUUCAGACCCCUCGACCCUGACCCUUGAGCCGAACCAGCCCUCAAAAGGCUACAUAGUCUCCGCGUUCACGACAAAGCGCUUCUACCUGGAAGGCGUGACCUUCCACAUAGACGAGUUCCCCUCGCGCGCGCGUACCUUCUCACGAAGCGUAAUGACGAUGUCCCGAGGCUCAACGCCGGACUCUAAAGCCUCCGAAGGCAAUUUUUCAUCCGCACAAAUUUCGCCGUCAAUGCACACGCCCCCCGAGAAGAGCCUAAUAACGACUUUAUCCCAAUCGAACCCGAUAAUCUGUGCAAAGCUGACGGGAAGACAGGAAAUCCGACUGAAAUUGAAGCAGGGAGAGGGUGUGUCGGGCCCUAAAGUGGAGCUUGAGGUGACCUUGGGGUCCUUCAUCUCGUUCCUAAGCCCCCGACAGGUCCACGUCCUCCUAGAGCUCUGCCACGGUCUCGCGUCCCCCGACCUAGAGGACAUGUCUAACGUAGCCCCGCGUCCUUGCGUGGAGAAGCCAAUGGCAGGUGCUGACUUCUCCCGAGUGGAGCGUGAACUCAUGCACCAGCUGAAUCCGCCCCCGGGUGUGAGGUCCACAGACCUCAGGAACACCCAGGGCUGGUCCACAGCGUGCCUAGACGACUCAGACAACGAGGAGGAGUUUCUUCCCAUGAAACUCCCAGGCAUGACUGACUCCAUCUCCACUAACGCGGUCAGCAUGGACGACAGCAUGACGAGCACCGCCAGCUCCAAGAGCUCAGUGAACGUCUCGAGACCCCACAAGCAUAGGCCAAGCGUCGAAACAGACCCCAGUGCAGAGACCUCUCAGUUUCACAUUCGAAUUUCGUCGAUAGCUGUCGUAGCCCUCCACGAGGACAUCCUGACCCUGGGGAUUGAGUCCCGGGGGCUGACGUGCGCCAGUAUCGAGCAGAUGCGGAAGACCUCUGAGGACUUCUUCGAUACCCUGGGGAUCUUCGCUGCUGACUAUGGUAACAAGAACUUCGAGAAGGCUUCGAAGAUGUUUCUGGACGCGUGUAAGCUGAGCCACAUAAGGAUGCUGGCAGCUCCGCUGGUGAUCGAGGGCUCCGAGAGGACGACGGCCCAGGCCUCCGCCAUCACCGGAUCCCUCAGCCUAGCGAGCUUGGAGCUGAUAGAAUGCCUGAUAGACUCCAACAAAUCCCAAGAAGCUCAGAACAUCGAGUUCAUAGAACUCUUGGCCUUCACGAGAGCUGCCGAGCCCCAGGGGUUCUCCAACACCACAGACUUCAGGAUGAGGUUCAAGUACUCGGAGAAGGCUGUGCGUCACGCCCAGAUGACAAAAUUCACGCAUCCCAGAACGGAAAUCGAGAUUAUGUUGGAGCCCUGUCGAUCUGAGUUAGACGUGACGAUCGUCGACAGGAUAUCAGCUAUGCUGAAUCCCCAGCAGAUCUGCGUGAGCAAUCCCCCGACGAGUGGACGGGACAUGUGGAACCAGCAGACGAUGUUCUACCAGGCGGUUGAGAGCCCCAUAACCUCGGACUCGCGAGUGGACGUGAGAGUGUCAUCCCUGAAGAUGACGAUCAAACUGAGAUUCCCAGUGCCCGAUCUACGACCCCUCCACGACAUGAGCAGGGCCCCCUGGUGGACCAGAUCCGUUCGUCCGGACUUCGUAACCAUGACCCUGAGCAACGCACAGGUUCACACCUCGAUGGACAGCAAGAGUCACCACCUGACGAGGCACGAGAUCCAGUGCAAAGACCUGUUGAUCACGUACACGGAAGUCGACUCAGACAUACCGAUUGAGAUUGGGAGGAGUCAGGUCGACGAGAAGACAGACGGAUCUCUGCAGCAGAGCGAGAGCCAGUUCGGCUGGCCCAGAAUAGUGAUAACGAUCUUCCCGCAGCACCUGGGGGGGCCCUUGGAGGACAGCUCGGAGGAGGAGCCUAACUCAAGCCUCGACGAGGCGCUCAAUCCCCCCAGGCAUCAGCCCUCGCCCUUCAGCUCGAAACGAGUCAUCCACGAGUCUGACACCCCCCACACUGAGUCCCACUCCUACAACAAAGAGGAGCAAGAACGACGGGAAGGGGAGGAGCUCGUCAUCCCUGGGAACCGUCAGGAGAUGCUGGAGUUCAUAGAGGAGGGAACCCACGGCUCCAAACUCCAGAUCGAGAUCACGCUGCCCUGUCUGUCGGUUCAAAUCCCGUCUAAGCACCUCUACGAGCAGCUCUACAACAGGAUCAACACGGACCUCUUCCUCUGGGAGCCCUCGGCUCCUCGGCCCGCCUGCCAGCCCGAACCCACCAUCGGCCUCGACCUGGCCUCCACCCUGUUCCAGGAGUCCAUUUACCCCAAGUUCAGCAUGUGCAAGAGCGGAAUCCACUGCGACUCGGACGCGGACUCCGACGAGGACGGGGUCUUCCACUCCGCCGAGAAGAGCUUUCAGAGUGUCAGCAAACCACCCAAGAGCGGCCAGACGAAGAUGUCCCUGACGCUGAGCAUCCCCCAGGGCUUGCUGAGCAUGUACACCCCAGUGCGCGACGGUUCGUCCAACGUGAUACCGGGUCAGCAGGGGGAGCUGAUCCUCCGGGUGGACGACGCAACCGUUUUCUGCGUGAACUCGUACAAGGGAGACUCCAACCUCGGCUACGUGUGCACCCUGGUGAAGACAGUGGGCCUGAACCACUGCAGCUUGAUAACGAUCCCCUCCCAGACGCCUCCCCUACGGUCCAUCAACAGCGUGACCCCUCGGCACUGCCAGCCCUCCAUCUACCGGAGCAGGGAUGGCCAAGAGGUGACGUCGGAGAAGGACAUGCUGACGGUUGCUGUGAGAAUCCAGGCUGCGCACCAGACCCACCACAUAAAGACCUUCAGGGUGGCCGUCGGCAUCAGGAAUGCGACCUUGCGACACCGAAUAUGCGCCUCCCAGACGUCCUGGUUCUCACAGUUCAUGGACUGCCUGGACGUCGUCGAUCAUCCCGUCGCGGGGUACUCGCCGCCAGGUGUUCUGAUCGAGCUGCACCUCCAUCUGUGGAACUGCGCGGUUGAUUACAGACCGGUUUACCUGCCCCUGAGGGCCAUGCUGACCCUCGGCAGCUUCAGCGUGUCCUCCAACAUCGCAGCGAAGACCAAAACGUCAACCCUGAGGUUCAUCGCUGAAGACAUUGCGCUGUUCAUCUCGGAGAAGCUUGGUAACAACGUCGACCUGAGGCGGGACUACGUCUGCGUGAUGGACCUGGGUCUCUUCGAGCUGUCGCUGAGGCUGAACGAGAAGAUGUGCGGAGGGGGGCCGAGGGUGGACCUGCGAGCCAGCAACAACGUCCUCCACAUCAGGACCUGCGCGGACUCUGGGAGAGCUUUAACCCAACUGCUGACUUACUUCGCGAAUGACGGGGAUCUGGCACCGAAUACGGUGUCAACGGACAGCAUCGCGGUUCCCUCCUCGGGGGAUGAGGAGAGCCUCCUGGGGGACGAGAGCAUCAACACGCUGAGCAAGAGUCAGGAGGAGCGCGUCAACAGCCUGAUGGAGGAGGCCAUGGAGGACACGGUGAGGGGGAACUCCUCGGGGACCCUCGAGAGGAAGGAGCCGAGGGCCGAGCCCAGAGUGGAGGUCUUCUUCUUCCCGGAUGAGUCACACCCAGUGCCGAUAUCCUCGUCGGAGAUGAGUGGCAACGCCGACAGCUGUGCGAUCGGCCUCAAGCACUCGGACUCGGACCCCGACGAGGACUUCUGCAUUCUGGGGGAGGAGGCUGGUGCCGGCAUCAUGCCCAGGCACGGGGUGCCCGAGGUGCGGUGGCUGUCGCAGGACUACAUCAAAGUCGUUGACAAUCACUUCUCGAUCCCCCUGGGGAAGACGGAUCUGCUGAAGGCCCCCAAGAACUUUCCCCCUGCGAUCCUGAGGUACACCCUCUGCGAGAUGACGCUCGUCUGGCAUAUGUACGGGGGCAAGGACUUCGGGAAGCCCCAGCCCCUGGUGAAGAAACACGUGACGAUUGACGAGUCCCUUCACAAGGAGGGAUUCGCCGUUGGCCGGAGCAAGUCAGCUGUUGUGGGCUUCAGCAAGAUGUCGCCUAAUGAGAUCAGGUUUGGCUCCGCUCCGAAUUCCCCGAGGAAGGUCAAGCCUCACGCCGGCGACUGGUGGACCCUGGGCGGCCCUGGACGACAGCACGAUGUGCUCAUGGAGUUGCAGCUCAACAAGGUUCGGUUUCAGCAUGAGUCGUACCCGGAGAACACCGCUGAGGCCUCCAGGCAGGUCCUCCUCGUCAGUGAGAUCGAAAUCCGGGACAGGCUGGCUUCCUCUCACAUCAACAAGUUCUUGUAUCAGUACAGUAGCGAAGCCAGGCCUAGGCAGACGCACGCCAAUAUGGUCGCGUUGAAGGCGGUGCACGUCAGGCCUGAUCCCAAGUUGAAUGCGCAGGAGUGCUGUCUCAAGUUGAGUGUUCUACCACUUCGGUUGAAUAUUGAUCAGGACAGCUUGCUGUUUCUCAUCAAUUUUUUUACGGAACUCGCGGGCACUCCGAAGACUGCUCAGGAAAGCUCAAAUGGCCCGACGAAUACUACGUCGUCUCCGGGGUCGAAGCAGGGGACGCCGACACAUCAUCCACCGGUGAUGAGUGUUAAUGAUGGCGAGGGGGAGGGGGUGGUCGAGCCUGAGGCUGUGAGUGAGGGCGAUGGUCUGGAUCAUAAUCUCAUGAUUCUGCUGGAGGACGAGUUGACGAUUAAGGAGAGCAAGCAGAAGGUGAAGGCGACGAGUGCCGGACCGGAGGACUCGCAGCCCAUUUAUUUUAGGAGUGUUAUCUUCGCGCCCGAGGUGCUGGUCAGGCUCGAUUAUCAUGGGAAGAGGGUCGACUUGACGCAUGGACCCAUGGCCGGGUUGCUCAUGGGGCUGGGGCAGCUCAACUGCUCAGAGCUCAGGCUGAAGAGGCUGACUUACAGGCAUGGGCUCCUGGGGUUUGAGAAGUUGAUGGCGUACUUGCUGUCCGAGUGGCUGCAGGACAUCAAGAAGAACCAGUUACCCAGUUUGUUGGGGGGAGUGGGGCCCAUGCACUCGCUGGUGCAGCUCUUCCAGGGGAUCAGGGAUCUGUUCUGGAUGCCCAUCGAGCAGUACCAGAAGGACGGGAGGAUUGUGAGGGGUCUCCAGAGGGGGGCCAACAGCUUUACCACAUCGACGGCCAUGGCCGCCCUGGAGCUGACGUCCAGGUUGGUUCAUGCUAUUCAAAGCACUGCCGAAACUGCUUAUGACAUGGUCAGCCCUGGACCCAGUGUCAGGAGGAAGAGUAAAGGACAGAAGGGGAGGAGAAAGCGGUAUAGUCAGCCGCUGGAUAUCAGGGAGGGCAUGGCCAAUGCUUAUAUGCUAGUCAAAGAGGGAUUGGGUGAAACAGCCAAUCAAUUGGUGCGUGUAGCAAGUGAGGAGCACGAGCAGAAGGGUGUCUCAGGAGCUGUUGGUGGUGUACUGAGGCAAAUUCCCCCGACAGUAGUUAAACCGAUAAUCCUAGCCACUGAGGCGACAAGCAAUGUCCUCGGUGGUAUGAAAUCACAGUUGGUGCCAGACGCCAGACGCGAGGCAGCUCAGAAGUGGCGACAGGAUCCUCGGGACGUCAAUUAGGGCGAGCAACCGAUUUUUUUUUAUUUAGAUACAACAAAACUAUUUGAUUGAUGAUAAAAUACGAUCUUAGUGCACUUGUGGGGGAAAUUUAAUUGAAAAACCCAGAGAUUUCGCUGAGAAAAUAAAUUGUAUUCGUUUUUCGACAGAUAUUUGAUGUGGAAAUAUCAGUGUAUUUUCAGUUUUACGUUUAUGAUUCCAACUCUUGAGGUUUUUUGAAGUUUCAACUAUAAUUUUUUCGAGGAUCAUUAAAAACGAGAACAUGAAGGAAGUUUAUACACAAUAUUUGAACAAAAGAAAAUUUUCUUGAGAUGCUAAAUGCUUCUUCUCCCCCAUUUUUCAUAAUUGAGGUGAAAACAUUAAUAAUCAGGGUAAACAGGCCAAAAUCUUGAACUUCAUUAAAGGAUUUAAAAUCGAUGAAGCAGCUAAAUGAAUUGAAUUUCUUGCUGUAAUGUUGAUAUUUCGAAAAACAACUUCAUCGCAUGAUUAUACAUAAGUGUUAUUAUUUACAAUGAUAAUAAUACGUGCAGGUUUCAUUUUAUUAUUUAUAGAAUAUUCAAUAAGAUGUGAAAUCGUCCAGGUAUGGGGCCUGUUCACCCCAUAUUUAAAGAACAAUUUCAAGAAUUUAUACGUUUUUGAAUUUUCUAACGUUGAAUUUUCAAAUAAAAAAAGCACCUGCCUGAAAUGGACUCGUUAUGAUAUAUAAAUUAAUAAUUGCAACUCAACAAUCAGUUGGUUUUGGCCUUCAGAAUGUUAAGGGGAGACUACUAUGAGUUUUAAAAGUCGUGGGUUAUUGGAGUGAGACUUUUCAUACGUU